AUCGAUGUCAUGAAUGCCGAUCCCGAUUAAUUUACAUUCGCACAAAAAUGUCAACAACGACGGAAGAAAAUGAUGAUGAUGAGAUAACGAUAGAACCAUCAAGGGCCUUCACCGAGGCACUUGUUGAACAGGUUAAUAAGGAAGAUGUUCAAGCCAUGGUGGAACUACAGAAAGAUAUGUUGUCUAGGUAUGAAAAAACCAAUGAAAUGUUGAUAAAUUUUAACAUGCUUUCAUCUGCUCGAUGUGAAGCUACAACACAGGAAUUUCGACAACAUACUAUUGUUCUUGGACAAAUGAAAGCAGACUUGGAUAUUGUGUUCAGGAGAAUAAGGUCUUUAAAACAAAGACUCGGGACUUUGUAUCCAGAGGCUUUUGCAGCAUGUAGUGAUGUUUACAACAUCUUGGAGAAUAGUGAAGAGGAGAAGGAAGAGGAGAAGGAAGAAGAGGCAAAGAAGGUGAAGAGCCCUGUAAAGAUCAGUGUUACAGACACGACAAUGAGUGAGCAGCGCACCCAUGAGACCAAUCAUGGUGUAGAAGACUCUGAUGUGAAAAUUGUACAAAAUGACCAAGCAGUGUUAAGUGAUGAAUUCAUGGGUAGCUGUGCUGUGAAACAGGGUGAUCAUGUACAUAAUGAUUGUGGUGCAAAAUCCAGUGAAGUCUCAUCAUCCAGUGAAAGUUUUACCUCACCAAACAUAAUCAAUGAUGUAAAAAAUCACAACACAGAGGCAUCGAGUAUUGGGCCAAAUAACAUUGCCGAAAAAGAGCAAACAAUAUGACACAAUAAUUUUUAGCUUUGUAGUAUUACAUGUGACUAGCUUUUUUGUUAUAAUUUUAGGAAAGUCUGUUAAAAUAAAAUUAUUCGCUUACUAUG